UAACCGACCACACAAAUAUUUAAAUGGAGUGUAACUUGCUGGGGUUAAUCUCAUUAUGUUGCAUAACAUGUGCCGUCAUUUAGCAGAGGUCAUUUUAGGUGUAGUAGUAGUAGUAGUACAAUAACAGUACCCGGUAAGUAAUUUUUAACUCGUUAACUAAUGAAUAAAAGAAAAACACCAAUUCUGCACAUGUUUUUUUAUCCCCCCAACAUUCAAAUAUGACCAGGGAAACUAUGCUAAUAGGCUAACAAUAAACUAUCAGAAAAAGGUCUGAAUAAGGGUAUGGACCGUCUGGUUGCCUAAGGCUGAAUUUACACUAAAAUCAUUGAAGUGAUGGGAUCCGAUUGUGAUCUGGUAGUGUCAGUCAGGGACAGAAAAAAAACUCUCGUAAUUGGAAAUCUUCAGAUGGGAAUCAGUCCACUCAAAUACGCAUUAAAAAUGACAAACCAAUUAGAGCGCAGUGUAAACAGAUCAGAUAACCGUCAAUGUCAGCUCGCCGUCACACUACUGUACACUACUUGGAGAUGUAUACACACUAGAUUGAACUGAUUAAACUCGACUUUACUACCCCGCAGAUAUUUACAACUAGAGGACGAGCAAUAACUAAUCCCCUGGAUUUUGAGUCUCGCCUAAUAAUCAAUUUACAGAUGAUUUUAGACUUGUCUGUCUGUUACCAUCUCUGGAUUAUCAUGCUCUGCGAAGUAGCAGAAUACCCGGCCAACAAGACAAUAAUCGUCAUACGUCUGCACAUGUGAAAAUAUGAUGGUUGCGGGAGAGCGUAGUAGUCAGCUUCGCUAGCUAUCGGCAAUUCCGAUCACCCCUACCUAGUCUUAAAAGAUGCGUGUUGACAGUUGUGGAGUGAGUGAGGGAUUAUCCGUGCAAGAUCUUGCAGGUGUUCUGUGAAUGUAAACAGCCAUAUCAGAUAUGUAUCACUUGAAAUAUAUAUGGAAGUAGAUAUCGGCACGACUCGGAACGGGGCACUAAGUUCUGUCGUAUAAACUCAGCCUAAUGAGACUGGAGGAACCACUUUCUGUUGACAGUAAGACUGACAAAAUGCCCCUCGCCAGUCAAAAUAUUCUCCAACUGUUUAACCAUCAGAACAUCAGACACAUUGGAAAAAGCCCAAAAUUACAGGUUCACUCGACCAUGGAAAUGAAGAGCACGAUGACGCGGAGCCAGUCGCUGCGUAGCGUCCACACAUCAUACGACAAACCAGCCAGGAUGGAUGCCACGAUUAUCAGCAGGACUGUGUCCGUGUCCAAGUUGGUCCAAAGAUAUCAAACCACAACUGGAGAUGAUCCCAUCACUUCAAAAAAAAGUGACACAAAACCGAAGCCAUCAGUUCAAGCGAAUACAGUGACGACUCCACCAGUGAACGGCCCACAGGAAAGCAAAGCACCUCAGCUGGAGCCUCCCAAGACCGGAAACGACAAAUGGGAACGUUCUUUGCCUAAAACCAGUUUGAGUCGCAGCAAAUCCACGGGAAGCCUUCAAAGCAACUCCAACGUGUCAAUCGAGUCCCUGAUGGCACGGUUUGAGUCGAGAAAUAAGCCGGCAAGCGCUUUCAGAUUGGCAGAUGAAGCCAAGCCUUCCAGAGAUGCCGAGCCAGUGACGGAUGGAGAGAUGAAGAAGUUAGCAGAGGAGCAGAAGGCUUGCAAGGCCUCAGUGCAUUCCAGUAAGAGAGACGCGGAGGAAGGGAAUGCUCCACAAAAGGCGGAGACGCAAACCCGGACAGAAAGAAGGAAAACAAUUGGAAAUGUUGAAAGAACUGUGGUCUCUGAAGCCGAUGAAAAACAGAGGCCAGUCACCGACUUCCGAGAAAACUCCUCUGUCCAAGAGAGGGAGAAACUGUGUGUCUCCGUCAAAGCUUUGUCUGCACUUUAUCUGUCCAAAGUGGCAACUCACGAAGCAAAGCACAGAGUUUUAAAACCCGCACAAUAUCAGUCAACUGAAACUGGCAAACAAGCGCAACAGAUAAAGUUCCAACCGAGCCGCCAAGAGACGUGCUCAGCCUGUCUGAAGCCGGUUUACCCCAUGGAAAAAAUGACCGCGGACAAAUACAUUUUUCACAAACGUUGCUUCUGCUGUAAAAAGUGCAAGAAAACACUGAGCAUGAUCAAUUACGCACCGUUACACGGGGAAUUCUACUGCGUAUUCCACUACCGGCAACUGUUCCAAAAGAAAGGCAACUACGACGAGGGCUUUGGACGCACGCAGCACAAGAACCGAUGGCUUCUCAAGACCGCCUGCGCCGAAUCGGAGGCUUAGGGAGUUCCGUCCCGGUGUGAUCACAAAACCCGGAAGCUGUGCAGGAGGCGCCAUAAAAUAAUGUACAAGAUGAUUGUUUACUUUUUAUUUCUUCCUCUAAGUAUGGCAAUCGCUACAAAUGUUUAAUCAUUAUGAGCAAAAAAUAUAUAUAUAUAGAUUUUUCAAUUAGUGAUUCAGUUGAAGAUUUGAUGACCGAGUUUAUAUGACAAUAAUAAAGAAAUAAACUCUCA